AUGGGGGAUAGGAUAGUUGAGAGAAGGGGAAAGAAGCAGUGGAAAAGGGUUGAAGUGAAGCUUGAAGACCAUGUUAACAUCCCUAUUUUCCCUUCUGGCCUGUCGCCUGCAUCAUACGAUAAGUAUCUUGAUGACUACAUAUCAAAGUUAGCAAUGGAAAGACUUCCACAACACAAACCUCUCUGGGAAAUUCACAUUAUCAAGUACCCAACUACCAAUGCAGCCGGCACUGUAAUAUUCAAGCUUCACCAAGCGCUUGGUGAUGGCUUCUCUCUCAUGGUUGCUCUUCUCACUUGUUUACAACGAGCUGACAAUCCUUCUCUUCCCCUAACCUUCCCGUCAAGAAGGAGGUCGCAGCCAUGGAAGAGUGAAAAUUUUGUGACUAAAGUUUUUUCUUCUGUCUUCAACACCAUAUCGGAUUUUUUAAAUGGCAACUUGGAGGAAGAUGAUCAAACACCAAUCAGAUCGGGGAAUGAUGGAAUUGAGUUCAAGCCAAUUGCAGUAUCAACUAUGACGAUUUCCCUUGAUAGAAUCAAACUAAUCAAGAGCAGGCUCGGAGUGACGAUAAAUGACGUUCUUACCGCGAUGAUCUUCCUUGGCACUCGACUAUACAUCCAAGAGACAAACAAAAGUUUAAGCAAAGCAAGAGGCACAGCAAUUGUAUUGCUCAACACAAAGAUGAUGGGGAAUUACACCUCAGUUCAGGAGAUGAUCAAACUUAAUAGCAAGUUGCCAUGGGGGAACCAUUUGUCACUGUUGCAUGUACCAAUACCCAAGUUGUUAACGAAUAGUGAAGAACAAUUUUCAGAUAAUGCACUUGACUUUGUCUGGAAGACACAGAAAAUUAUAAGGAGCAAAAGACAUUCUUUGGGUAUUCAUCUCACUGCUGGGUUCUUGGAGAUUCUCAACAAAUUUGGAGGCCAUGAGGCAGCAGCAAGAUACAUCCGUAACACAUUGAAGAAGUCAAGCAUGAUAAUUUCCAAUAUGAUUGGAUCGGUGGAACAGAUGUCUUUGGCAAAUCAUCCAGUUAAAGGCUUAUACUUUUUGGUCUUUGGUUCACCUGAGGGCCUUGAUGUAACAAUAGUAAGUUAUAUGGGAAAGGUGAGGAUUGCCUUCAAGAUGGAAAAGGGUCUUAUUGAUCCACCAAAGUUCAAGUCAUGCAUGGAAAAGUCUUUUGAGAUGAUACUCGAAGCCUCGGAGAAAACUGCUGUGCAGAAGAAUUAAUGGAUUCAGCGAACUAGCAUGCUUAAAAUGUACUGGUCUUCUUCAUACAUGCUCUAU